AUGGCUCACCUGGCGCGUGGGAUUACGCUUCGGACGGCGAGACUGUGUUCGCGUCCAUUGUCCACAGGAAGACUCAGCACACAGCCACAAGUUUUGUUAAGAGCUGCGAAUCGCGCCGCGCCUCUGACGUACCGACUGCAGACGCCAGUUCACAAGCCGGCUCGAUUAGCUAGUCGCUGCUUCCACUCAACACUGCCUGCCAUGGCCAGUAACAUUUCUGAACUAAAGGAGACCUUGACUCCCGAUCUGCUUGACGAAAUACGCGAAUUCUGGUUCGAGCAUAUGGAAGAUGAAGACGCUUUGAUCCUCCCUGGCCAGAGUGACAUGCAGCGCUGGUUUACUCGCGAUGAAACUUUUGACAAGAUCUGUGUUGCGCAAUUCCAGCCUGCCUUAGACACCAUCAUUGAAUCCGGUGCAUCCGCAGGGGAUAUCCUCGAUGCAAUCGAUACUUCAUCUCCUCUGGACUGGCUGAGUAUCAUUCUCCUUCUCGAUCAGGUACCUCGAAAUUGCCAUCGGGGAGACGAGUCCAAGCUUGUGUUCGAACGCUUUGACCCACUCGCCGAAGAGAUUGCUCUUCGAGCAAUUGACGCCGGUAUCCCGACAAGAUCAUCAGAAGUACGAUACCGCCUAGCCCGCCGCCUCUGGUUUCACAUGCCACUCAUGCAUUCGGAAGAUCUUGCCAUGCACGAGCAAGCCGUCAAGCAGCACGAGGAGACUGCCAAAGAUAUGGGCCAGUUUCUCCUCAAGGAUGUCUCCACUUUGAGUGAGGAUGAGAAGAAAUGUUAUGGGAUUCUGUCGAAUAAACAGGAUGCCCUCAGCGCGUUAUUGUCUAAUCUGCUUGAUUUUGAGAAGAGGCAUAAGGUGAUUAUUGAGCAGUUUGGGCGGUAUCCUCACCGCAACGAAGCAUUGGGUAGGGUGCCGACCGCGGAAGAGAUUGAGUAUUUGAAGAAUGGUGGCGAUACUUUUGGGUGAAAGCGAUUGUAAUAUUGUCUACGUCUUAUAUGUUUUGAGUAUCAAUUGUACAUUAAUCAAUAAUUCGGAUCUUUUGUCGAGACUGUCUGUCAAGGAACGAUAUGCCUAUACAUUUCUG